AUGCUGAGGUUUGUAAUUCUUGUAUCCCUUUUCCUACACUCUUGUGUUGCGGCUCCCAAGGCUCCUUCUGCUGCAGCGGCUGUUCCUGCCAAAAAAUGGCUCACCCUUAACGGUCAAGAGCCUGCAGUUGUGGCCAAAGGCGGUUUCUCGGGUCUUUUCCCGGAGUCAAGCGCCCCUGCAAAUGACUUGGCUAUUAGCACCAGCUCGCCUGGCCUCACAAUGUUGUGCAACCUUCAGAUGACAAAGGACGGUGUUGGCAUUUGCUUGUCUGAUAUCAGGCUUGACAAUGCUACCACCAUCUCCACUCUCUUCCCCAAAGCCCAGAAGACCUACAAGGUCAAUGGUCAGGACCUUAAAGGAUGGUUUGCCCUUGACUACACAGCUGACACCAUCUUCACCAAUGUCUCUUUGGUUCAGAACAUCUUCUCUCGGCCCAGUAUCUUCGACGGCCAGAUGCCUAUUUCCGCCGUGGAGGACGUACUAGGAACCAAGCCUCCCAAGUUCUGGUUGAGCGUUCAGUAUGAUUCGUUCUACAUGGAACACAAGCUGAGCGCAGCCGAGUACCUGAGAAGCCUUCGAUUCCGUGGCUUUACUUACAUCUCAUCUCCGGAGAUCGGUUUCUUGAAGAGCAUCGGGAGAGAUGCAGUCAUGUCCAAGACAAAACUCAUAUUCGAGUUCAAAGACCCUGAAGCAAUUGAACCCACCACCAGCAAGAAGUACAGCGAGCUUCUGCUGAACCUUGCAGCUAUCAAGGCAUUUGCUUCAGGCGUUGUUGUCCCCAAAGACUACAUUUGGCCCAUUGACUCAGCAAAGUACCUUAAGCCCGCCUCCACCAUUGUGGCUGAUGCCCACAAAGCCGGUCUAGAGGUCUAUGCUUCUGGGUUUGCCAAUGAUAUGCCCGCCAGCUAUAACUACAGCUAUGAUCCCUCUGCUGAGUAUCUCCAGUUUGUGGACAAUGGCCAGUUCUCUGUUGAUGGCUUCAUCACCGACUUCCCGCCAACAGCAUCACAAGCCAUCACUUGCUUUUCUCACCAAAAGGGAAAUUUACCCAGAGCAGGCCAUGCGUUGGUCAUAACUCACAAUGGAGCAAGUGGAGAUUAUCCAGGCUGCACAGACCUGGCUUAUCAAAAAGCCGUGGAGGAUGGAGCAGAUGUGAUCGACUGUUCUGUUCAGAUGUCCAAAGAUGGAAUAGCUUUCUGCCAUGAUUCUGCAGACCUCACAGCAAGUACCACCGCCAUGACCACGUUCAUGACCCGAGCCACCAGCGUUCCUGAAAUCCAGCCUACCAACGGCAUUUUCUCUUUUGAUCUCACUUGGGCUGAGAUCCAGUCUCUGAAGCCUCAAAUCCAGAGCCCCUUCUUAACUAAGGCGGGAUUGCCGAGAAACCCAGCAAACAAGAAUGCCGGGAAGUUCAUAACUCUUGAUGACUUCCUUAAGUUCAGCAAAGAAAAGGCAGUCACCGGAGUUCUUAAUGCUGCUUAUUUAGCCUCAAAGAAAGGGUUAGGAAUCGUAGAAGCAGUCAAGUCCGCUCUGACCAAAUCCACACUCGACAAGCAAUCAACCCAAAAGGUACUGAUUCAGUCAUAUGACAGUUCAGUUCUGGCCGGUUUUGAGGCUGUCCCUCCCUACACUAGAGUCUUGACCAUCGACAAGGAAAUCGGAGAUGCUCCAAAGCCAUCCGUUGACGAAAUUAAGAAGCAUGCAGAUGCUGUCAAUCUCCAGAGAAGUUCUCUCGUCCCCAUCACCGAAAGCUUUGCCGCAGGGAAGACCAACGUAGUGGAGGAAAUGCACAAGGGGAAUAUCUCUGUUUAUGUCUCGGUGCUAAGGAACGAGUAUGUCUCCGUCGCUUUUGACUACUUCUCUGAUCCUACGAUAGAGUUUGCCACAUUCAUUGCAGGCAAUGGUGUUGAUGGAGUCGUCACGGAGUUCCCUGCCACUGCCACUAGAUACUUAAGGAGUCCAUGCUCAGAUUUGAACAAAGAGCAGCCCUAUGCCAUCUUACCUGCAGAGCCUGGCUCUCUACUCUCCGUGGCAGCCAAGGAAGCACAGCCACCAGCUAGUGCCCCAAGCCCACCUCUUGACGCCAAAGACGUGAUUGAUCCUCCUCUGCCUCCCGUGGCAAACAUGGUCGCCAACAAUGCAACUGGUGCUACGCCCGAUGCCUCUGGUCGUUCUGGCUCUAUUGCCACCACUGCUAAUCUCGGCCUUUCCUUGCUGGCAAUACUGGCUACGGGACUCCUCUUUGCCACUGAAUAA